AUGCCAACCAUCUUCUCCCAACUUUACUUCGUCGCCCGUUUCUUCUCCGGCCUCCUUCUCAUCAAACUCCGGCUCAUCCUCCGUUCCAUAUCCGGCGGGUUGGACGCGCCCAAGACCAUGCACGGAUCAAUCGAAGCCAAGUUCCCGGCGACAUCCUACUCGGGGCAUGAGAACCCGAAAUCGGCGGACUGCGCGGUGUGCCUGUCGGAGUUUGCCAAAGGGGAAAGCGUCCGGAGGUUGGAUUGCAAGCACCUGUUCCACCGGGAUUGCGUCGACAAAUGGCUGACGGCGGCAGCAGCUCACGGCGUGUCUUCGUGCCCACUUUGCCGAGACCGGAUGGUUCUGCCGCCGACGGAGGAGCCGGCGGUGGAUGAUCGGGGUUACGAGUGGGAACAUCGGCAGUUGUUGGCCUUGUUGGCUGAGUUCGGAGGAGGAGCAGGUGAUAGUUCCCAUGACUACGGAAAGAAUAACUUUUACAUUAACUUGUCAUGA